GGGAGAGGAGGGACAUGUCUUUGCAAAAGUACUUUGCGUUAGAGAACGAAGAGCAAAACCAACCAAGAACGCCUGUCCAUAGUACCCAUGCAUACCGAUUCAAUCCAAUCCAAUCCAAUCCAAUCCAAUCCAAUCCAAUCCAAUCCAAUCCAAUCCAAUCCAAACCGAACAACAAUUCGUGGGAAUCAAUCCCGACUCAAAGGCCCAAAAAAAAAAAGCUCUCCAUCUCUCUCUCUUCUCUCCUCUCCUCUCCAUUAAGCAACGGUCCUUCCCUCAAUCUCCUUCACUUUGCGGGAGAAGACCUGGGGAAGCUUCUCGCCCGCUUCAUUGUCGGCAUGGGCAGCGGGCUCACGACCCGGUUGGAUCUUCCACUGAGAUCCGGUGCGGGCGUGAGCGGUGGUGUUGUGCUGCUGGUUGCCCAACGCCUCCUCGCGCAACUCCAUGGCACGGGCAACGUCCUUGACGGAGCGCUUGCGCUGGUGAGGGGUGCGACGGUUAUUGUUCUGGAGGACGGGGGAAGCGAGAACGGUCUCCUUGACGGACAAAGGCUUGGAGGUCUCCUGGGGGGUCUCUUUGUUUUUCUUCACGACCAGGAUAAUCCGCUGUUUGCGCUCCAUGUUGACAGGAGCAGGAUGAGCAUCUUGGAAUGGCGUAGCCCUGGAAUCCUGGGUCUCCUCGGAGCUGCGGUUGCUGGUGGUAGAAGAACGUCCCGAACGGUAACCACUGUCGACAGUCGCACGGGACGGAGCGCGGAGGCCGGAAGCGAAGUCCUCGGUGGUGCGGAAGGAGUAGUCGUCGAGGUGGAUGUUCUUGGACUCGACAGGGACAACGUUAACGUCCCUCUUGGGGGCUGGACAAGGGUCACGGGGGUCCUUCGCGAAAGGAGACCUCUUGGUGAUCAUCCAGCAGGAAUCCUCGACACGAGGCCUGGGCGCAGAACGCUCCUUGAAGAAGCGUGUGGAGGGGUGCUGCAUCCCAAGCGACUUCCUCUUCGGGGCCAUAGGAACUCCCCCCUUGACUUGGAGGAUGACGGCGUCGGCGGCGGAAUUAUCGGUGGAGACUGCAGAGGUCUCGGCGUAUGCGUUGGCCGGGACAGCGGGAACGAGGGGAAGAGGCUUCUCCUUGGGAGUCCUCGCGACUGGGGAAGGGUCGUUCUUCUCCUUGGCGGGUUCGGUCCUCUCGGUGGUGCCCAUGGCGGCCUCGGCAGCCGCGGUGGCCAUGUUGGGAGCGAGACCACGGCGACCAGCGACGAAGUGCUCCCCGUUGCGGAUAGAACGCAUCUGGUGCUUGAGGUAGACGUCAACAGCCUCCUGUUCCUCGCGGACAGCAGCCCUGGAAGAUCCGCCGAAGCACGCCUUGAGUGGCGCCCAAAUGGACGAGGUCUUCGAGGCAGCACGAGGGGAAGGGGCGGAGGUGCGGACGGUAGUGGUGGAUUUGUUGAUAGUGGACAUGUUGGAAGGAGUUGUAGUAGUAGUGGUGGGGUUGUAGUAGUAGUGGUGGGGUUGUAGAGAGCUGUUGUGGUAGUGGUCUCUGGUAGAGAGCGGUGUAGUUGCAAGUGGACUUGGUACGACGGGAGUGUGUGUGGAUGGAGGAACUGGGUGGGAUGGGGCCUCCCUUUUAUCCACGAAGGUCCCAAACGCGUUUAGGCUCCGUUGACCAUUCUGCGAUCGAUCCGGCUCGAUUCGCGUCGCCUGACAUC